AUGGGAUUUGGAUAUCAACACAGAUUGCACGUAACCAUUGAGGCAGGUGUUGAUCUUGUUGGCGCUGAUAGAAAUGGUCUCUCCGAUCCAUAUUGUAAAAUAAUCGUUAAUGGAGCUCUUCCUAGAAAAACAAAAACCAUUAAAAAGACUUUGAAUCCUGUAUGGAAUGAAACUUUUAAAUUCUAUGCAAUUUAUACAACCGUAAAGUUGAAAUUAAAAUUUGAGGUAUUUGAUUGGGAUUUUAUUCUUAAAGAUGAUUUUAUCGGAAGAGCUUCCCUUGAUAUUGAUUCCAACGAUAUUCAACUCGAUAAGGAAUACACCCAAAUAUUAAAACUUCAAGAUACAAACAGUGGAAGUAUCAAAAUUAAAUAUGUCAUCAUGGAAGGCUUGGAUCCAUCUGUAAAACAUACCAUUACUCGUUCUGUAACACCAUCUCCAAGACAACAAGAAGCCACUCCAGUGGUUGUAGAAAAGGCCAUUCCUAUAGCAAGGAAAGUUCCUGAAACACCAUCUCCAAUUACAAUUUCAACAUUUAUGGAACCACUUGAAGAAUUUGAAGAUGAGGAGACAAAACCAAUAGACGAUUUUGAAGUUGAGAUGGAGAAACGAGCUAUCGAACUUAUGGAACCACUUGAAGAUAUUAAAACUGAGGAGCAAGAACCAGUCGAAGUUGUUAAUAAGGAAGUGGACGAGAGAAAGGCUGAGGAAAAUAUAGUGAAUGAUGGAAUGAUUUAUUGGAAUGAGCUCAAUGAAAAUUUUGCUCCAUAUUUACCUUCAGAAUUCACCAUGUUGAGUACUCAUGCUUCAAAUUCUGAAUUAUUGGCUGCAUUCUCCAGUUUAUCUGAUAAUGAUAUAAUCUAUGUUUCAUAUAAGGACAUUAGAGGGUAUGAUUUCCAAGAUGCUCAUCAUGCUUACAUGGAAACCUAUAUCACAGGAUCAACUGCAGCUGCUGAAGAAGCUGGUGAUGAAAUGGAAAUUCUAUACAGAGAGAAGGAUAUUACAGAUAUUUGUGAGGAAAAGUACACUCACCUCUAUGAAACUCGUUGUCAAACAGCUAAUAAGGAAAGUGGAAAGAUUGUUCAACAAAUUUGCAUUUCUGGUCUUGCCAAGUGUGAAGUUAUGGUAGGGUUUGAACUUAUUACCUCUCAAAUUGAAUCUAUUGAUGACAAGUAUUUGAUUUUAAUGAGAAUUAUUCAAAAUACAAAGGUUUCCAAUACUGUCGAAGGACAUUCAGAGUAA